AGAUGUGGUUUCUCCAUGUUGGACAGGCUGGUCUGGAACUCCCUCCCUCAGGUGAUCCACCUGCCUCGGCCUCCCAAAGUGCUCCGAUUAUUGGCGUGACCCACCUCGCCUGGCCGGAAAGUAGAAUGUGUUUUGUGGGUGGCUAUAAGAAGGCAUGGGAAUAUGGUUUUUUUUAAAAGGGAAUGUAAUUUUGUCUAGUUCAGAGGAUUUUAAGAAUCAUCUUAAAAGAGUGAUGGGACAAAACUAAAAGUUUAAGCGAGUUGAAAAAGGUUUGUAAAGGGUUAAUCUUGUAAAGGAAGUUCUGUGGGUAUGAACAAGUUGGCUAAGAUUUGAAGGGGAUUAUUUAGUUUUUCUGUAGUUUGAAUAUUUUUUUUGUUUGACUUUUUUGAAUAAAUGACAGAAAAACGAGGAGAGAGGAGACAGAUUCAGUUGGCCUCAUAGUGUCUUUAUUUUGUCCUGUUUGUAAAGUUGAGUUUCCCCUCUAUCAGUGAGUGAAGAUUUUUGCCUUUGAAAAAUUCUUGAGUUAUCAUUAUGGCUACAUAAAUGACUUCUAGUGACCUGGGAUUUUAUUUUGUAAUAUCAAGUGUUUAAACCUUUGAUAUUUGAUAGAACUUUCCAAAGUCAAAAUCUAAAUUAAGCCCUUUUUAAAAAAUCUGGUUAACCUUCCAGAUAUUUAAAUACUCUAAAGUCCAAAAGAGACAUAUUUGGCUUAUUUCAUGUAUUAAAAGCAUUCUGAAGUAUGCAGUAGUAUUUGGCUUUCUUUGGACUGUAUUUGUAUGAAUGUGCUAUUGGUGUGUGUUCUAGAAUUGUUUAAGAUUUCCUGUAAUUCUGAUAUGUCUUAGUAUAUGUUAUCGGUAAUAAUUAUGAUUGUUAUGUUAAAUUGUUGUAUGCCACAGAGAUGACCAGACCUUAACUGUGGCUGUUCUGAAACUUUUGUCAUCCACAAUUGUUUUACUUUGGUUAUUUUCAAGGUGGUUUUAUAAUCAGCUAUAGGACUGAUAGUUUUCUGAUAACUUUGGAGAUUGUGACAUUAAAAUAGAGGGAAAAGCUUCCAAGGCUCCCUUUAAGAGCUAAUGUGUUCAUGGAUAUUGAGCAGAACAGGAGUUAAUUACAUAGACUUAAUUAAUGGAAGACCAAAACAAUCUUUUUAUGGCUUUUUGUCUGAAACACUGCUAAUUCUUUUGUUUUUCAGAGUCCAGAAAACCUUUCUUUCUUUUGAGCUAUUUACAGCUUUUAACAGUUGGAAUAAAGUAUGCUCUUCUUAACAAAAUCUGAAGCAUAUCUCUCUCUUUACCUGAUUUCUCUAGGAUUUGAAAACUGUUGGCAUAUUUCCGUGAGGGUGGAAGGAAACCAUAUCAGAUGCCUCGCAGAACACCAGGCCCACGGUGAAAGGCUGGUGCCCACAGACACCUUGCUCUUUCUGUGACCGGAUGCUGGGAAGCCUGCUGGUCCACAGGUCCACACAUGAAAUCAGCAUAAGGAGCCCCAGCCGCCUUGCAGAAACAUCGAGGUGACUUGUAGCAUGACCGAGCUCACUGGCGCGUCUUCGCGGUGCUGCCCCCGCCCUGCAAGAAGAGGGGCCAUGCAGUCACCCGUGGACCACGUUCAACGUUUGCGAGGGAGAGAGGGUGGCUCCCACUCCGCCAGCACCUCAUCGCAGCGAGGUGAGGCUAAGAUGAGCAUAACCAGUGACGAGGUGAACUUCCUGGUGUAUCGGUAUCUCCAGGAGUCAGGUUUUUCCCACUCGGCUUUCACAUUCGGGAUCGAGAGCCACAUCAGCCAGUCCAACAUCAAUGGGACACUAGUGCCGCCGGCUGCCCUCAUCUCCAUUCUCCAGAAGGGCCUGCAGUAUGUAGAGGCCGAGAUCAGUAUCAAUGAGGAUGGCACAGUGUUCGACGGCCGCCCCAUAGAGUCCCUGUCACUGAUAGACGCUGUGAUGCCCGAUGUGGUGCAGACACGGCAGCAGGCAUUCCGAGAGAAGCUCGCUCAGCAGCAAGCCAGUGCAGCAGCCUCGGCGGCCACCUCAACCACAGCCGGUGUUUCCCAGCAAAACCCACCAAAGAAUGCACAGACCCCGGUGAAUGGGGAAGAGAUCAGAGCACAUGAUAUCAAUAAUCACGUGAAGCCAAUGGAAGUAGAUGGAGAGGUUGAGAUUCCAUCCAACAAAGCCACAGUCCUCCGGGGCCAUGAGUCUGAGGUGUUCAUUUGUGCCUGGAACCCUGUCAGUGAUUUGCUUGCAUCUGGAUCUGGAGACUCAACUGCAAGGAUAUGGAACCUGAAUGAGAACAGCAACGGGUGCUCCACCCAGCUCGUGUUAAGGCACUGUAUACGAGAAGGGGGCCAUGAUGUCCCGAGUAACAAAGAUGUCACCUCACUGGACUGGAACACCGAUGGAACACUCUUGGCUACAGGUUCAUAUGACGGUUUUGCAAGAAUAUGGACGGAAGAUGGUAACCUGGCCAGCACCUUAGGCCAACAUAAAGGCCCCAUCUUUGCCUUGAAAUGGAACAGAAAGGGGAAUUACAUUUUGAGUGCUGGUGUAGACAAAACGACAAUAAUUUGGGAUGCUCACACAGGAGAAGCCAAACAGCAGUUUCCUUUUCAUUCGGCCCCUGCCCUUGAUGUGGACUGGCAGAACAACACGACCUUUGCCUCCUGUAGCACAGACAUGUGUAUCCAUGUGUGCAGGCUCGGCUGUGAACGCCCAGUCAAAACCUUCCAAGGACACACAAAUGAGGUCAACGCCAUCAAAUGGGAUCCUUCUGGAAUUUUGUUGGCGUCCUGCUCGGAUGACAUGACAUUGAAGAUCUGGAGCAUGAAGCAGGAGGUGUGUGUCCACGAUCUUCAGGCUCACAGCAAAGAGAUCUACACCAUCAAGUGGAGCCCCAGCGGGCCCGCCACCAGCAACCCAAACUCCAAAAUCAUGUUGGCAAGUGCUUCGUUUGACUCUACGGUGAGACUGUGGGACGUGGAGCGAGGCGUCUGCAUCCACACGCUCACGAAGCAUCAGGAGCCUGUCUACAGCGUAGCUUUCAGCCCUGAUGGGAAGUACUUGGCCAGUGGAUCCUUUGACAAGUGUGUCCAUAUCUGGAAUACUCAGAAUGGAAAUCUUGUCUACAGCUACCGAGGCACUGGUGGCAUCUUCGAGGUAUGCUGGAACGCCCGAGGAGACAAAGUGGGCGCCAGCGCGUCUGACGGCUCUGUAUGUGUUUUGGAUCUGCGGAAGUAACCACAAAAUACUCUGGAAAAAAGAAAAGAAUUCUAAUGACCAGCCGUGAAUGUGUAGGGUUGCAGCUCUGUUCACACACAAUUCUGUCAGCUCCAAAACUGUACGAACUUGACUUGCGUUAAAGUGUACUCUGAAACCAACUCGUCUCUGGCUGCAGGAGUCUAUAUGUUUUCGUAAUCUUUAUCAAGGAGUUUUAAAAAGGCAAGCAAAUCAUAUCAAACGGGGAUAGAAUGGUUUCCACUGAGGACAUUCAGCCCGUGAAGCAGGAAGUCACCAGCUCGAGGCGUGCAGAUUGGUUUCCACCCGGAACAGGCUCUGUGAUGGCUGAAUGGAAAGAAAUUUAAAAAGCUGUGCCAAAAAAAAGCAAAAUGCUGUGAUAAACCAAACAGGGAAGGGAAAAAACCCUCCUCCUUGGGAUUUUGUUUUUGUUUUCCCUAACAAUUUGGACACUACAGUUGCUCUCGCAAAGGAUGUUCAAAGACCAGUUUGUACCGAUGAAAUACGCAACUUUGUAAUCCCAACACUUUCUAUUUUCUAGAAUAUUCUUUGUUGAUUGGGUGGUUUUUCUAUCAGUUGGAAUUCUGUCUUCUGGGGUCCUUCUGUCUGAGAUGGAAGCUGUCUUGGGCUUGUUGUCUCUUCCCUCUGUCGCCCCCGCGCCGCCUCCCUCUGCCUUUCCCUUUUAUCUGGUGAGCUCUCCUUUUUCAGUGCACUCUCAAGAGAUGCAGCCCAGUGGACAGGAAGAUGCAAUCUCAUGUAGACAGCUUUCUCCCUUCCGCCCCCCCCCGCCCUGCCCUCCCCUUGCGCUCGUGCUCGCUUUCUCGCCGGCGUGCUCUCUCUCCCUCCCUCCCUCUGUACCUUUCUCGUACUUGCUUCAGAUCUUAGGACUCAAGAGCACUUUGGCACAUAAUAAGUGCUUUAUGUAAGAAGGCAGGGCAGGGGGACUUUUUACAGGAGAAAAAAAAAUGACUUAUAAGAGAAAGAGCCUGGAGUAUUUUUG